GGAAGGUAAUUCCCCCGCAAACCCCAACAUUAAAUUCGAGGGGGCGACGGUGCCGGAUCGACUGUUUGAGAAGGGAUGACAUUUUUUAAUUCAAGGAUUAGGUUUGUUGUAAGGGUUCGUGAUUUUGGGGUGCUGGCGGUCUGGAUGCUUGUGCGGCUGGGUGUUCCCUGUCGUGGUUUCAGAGCUGUAAUUAAACUUGAGGAUAAGAACUUUAGAUGUGACCCUGGUAGGACCGACUUAUCUACGGACGGACAUCAUGCGAGACUGCAAAAGACUGGUCUAGAGUUCAACUGGAGAUAGAGUUAAUUAAAUCAUGUACAGGUGCGGCGCGAGAUGGACUAUCGACAAACGCUUAGAUGUAUUCAUAUUAGUGAAAUCAGAGCUUGAGGACAUAUUCUUCUCAAUUUCAUGCUACCACACAAUGUUGCUAGAACGGAUACCCCAGAGUUGUGCUCAGGUUUCGG